GCAACAGUAUCCGCGUUUUGAUUGGACAGCUGCUUCGUCGUCUUGCUACAAUGUUGCUAGUUGAUACGUUUAAUUAGUGUAAACAAAGCAUGCGAAGGGUGACGCUUUUUGUCAACGGAACCUCCAAAAAUGGCAAGGUUGUAGCUGUUUAUGGGACGCUGUCUGAUCUUUUGACAGUUGCCAGCAAUAAAUUAGGAAUCAGGGCUUGUAACCUAUAUAAUGGGAAAGGUGGUCUCAUAGAUGACAUUGCCCUCAUCAGAGAUGAUGAUGUGCUGUACGUGUCAGAAAGGGACGCUUUCAUUGACCCUCAGAGUGAUGGGAAAACGUCAGAUGACAUCUCAGGAUCGCACACUGAUUGGCUGACGCUGAAUAUUGGUGGGCGGCUUUUCACAACCACUAGGAGUACUCUUGUGAGUAAGGAGCCUGACAGCAUGCUGGCACACAUGUUUAGAGAGAAGGACGUAUGGGGCAAUAAGCAGGAUGAACGAGGGGCUUACCUCAUUGAUCGCAGCCCAGAGUACUUUGAGCCUAUCCUGAAUUACCUGAGGCACGGCCAGAUCAUUGUCAAUGAAGGAAUAAACUUACUCGGAGUACUGGAAGAAGCUCGAUUCUUUGGAAUAGAGCAAAUGGCUGAACAGCUAGAAGUCGCCGUUAAGAAUUCUCAUCCACCUGAAGACCACUCUCCACUCUCACGGAAAGAAUUUGUUCGGUUUCUGCUGGCUACUCCAACCAAAUCAGAGCUACGUUGUCAGGGUCUUAAUUUCAGUGGAGCGGACCUUUCUCGGCUGGAUUUGCGCUAUAUCAAUUUUAAGAUGGCAAAUCUGAGUCGCUGCAAUCUCACCUAUGCAAACCUAUGCUGCUCAAACCUGGAGAGAGCGGACUUAUCUGGAGCCAACCUGGAUGGUGCUAAUCUUCAGGGCGUGAAGAUGCUGUGCUCUAAUGCAGAGGGAGCGUCACUGAAAGGAUGUAACUUUGAGGAUCCCUCUGGGCUCAAGGCCAAUCUAGAGGGGGCUAAUCUGAAAGGAGUUGACAUGGAGGGCAGUCAGAUGACUGGUAUAAACCUGCGUGUGGCGACGCUGAAGAAUGCUAAGCUAAAGAACUGUAACCUGCGUGGUGCUACAUUAGCCGGCACAGAUCUCGAGAACUGCGAUCUCUCAGGCUGCGAUCUACAGGAAGCCAACCUGCGUGGUUCAAAUGUGAAAGGAGCCAUCUUUGAGGAGAUGCUGACUCCACUGCACAUGUCCCAAAGUGUGAGAUAACCAAUUACAUCUCUCCCUGCCCGGCAACUUCACCAGCCAGCUAUUCACAGCUCUCCCUUACCCCGACCCCCCUUUUCGUUUCACGCUCCUGUGAAACCAUAUGCAAUACUAGCACUUGGUUUGCCCACCCCUUCUCUUUGAGCUGUACUCUCAUGCACUAGUGCACAUCCAGGAUCUGUAGUCAUGGCCAAAAAUAGCGAAAGCUUAAGAGUAGAGAAUCCAAAUAUUUGAAAAUGCUAUUUGUCAAACCAAAUUGUUGCUUUUGGUUUUGUUUUUAUUUAUGCUUUGAGUUGAACUUUUGUUUGAUUUUACCAAAUGUAUACGUUUCUUGUUGUGUUUUGUCUCAAAUAAUGAAGUCAACAUUUCAGUCAAUCAGUACCAAAAUAUAUCUGUAGAAUUUUAGAUUUAGCAAUCAAUUGUAGGCAGUUUAUGAUAAGGCUUACUGUUGCACAGCUUACUGCAGGCAAAACAAGCUCAUAAUAGUAGCUUUAUGUAUAUAAAAUAUGGAAAAUACCUUAAACAUCUCAUAUAACUGACAGGUCUGGUUACAAAUAUGCAACAUAAACAUAUAGCUCUUACAUAUUCUGUUUUCACAUUUACAUGUAAACCAAAUUAGUUGUUUGUUUUGGUUUCUGGUUUGCCAUUUAUUGUUUGAUCUACCUCCCAAACAACCCGUUCUAGUUGUAAGUCAAAUGCAAACCACGUUUUGCUGUGUUUUUGCGACACCUAUUAAUCUUUAAUAACUGUGUAAUAACACUUAGCCAUAGGUUAAUAUGCACAAUAAUUAACCAGUGGUGCCAAUAUGCUGGUUUAUAAUAUCACUAUAUUGUAUGUGUAAAUGUUUCGCUUUCAGAUUUCUUAUUUUCCCCAUUUUUAAUCUUGUUUUAAUUGAAGUGAAAUGUUGAAGUGACCAACCCACACCAAAAAUGUUGUGAUGUUUCUCAUGUCACUAUCAAAUCCAGUGCUUCCUUAUUUUAAUGUUUGUCAUGAUUAGGGAUGUAACGAUUAACCGCGAGCCGGUUGAAAAUCGAUUUAAAUAUGUGAUGAUUUAAAUCGGUUGAGAUUCUAAACAAAUCGCGAUACAAUUAGGGGUAUGAGUUUAUAUGAUUGUAUGUCUGAGGGGAACUUGCUGUCUUUAGAAAAGUUUCGAUGGUAUUUUUUCUUUUCCUCUUGCCUCUGUGAUAUU